GUUAGGAUGGUUUCCAAUGACAUCCAGAUGUCACUGCUUGACACCCUCCAAUUAAGGAACUUUAGUGAUCGCAACAUAACAUGGGAAAUGGCUUCUAACAGGUCUAUUCGAAGAGGUCUUUACUGUGAAGAAUGGGAAGAUGCCCAGCACGUGCUUUUCCAGGUAGCCAACUUGUGCUUUGCAGCUGCAUUUCUUGUUCCCCCAAAAUUCCGGCUCGCUUUGCUACUUAUGCGGGGAGUUUUAACAAUUGGGUUCCUUUUCGUCACAUUAUGGGCGUGUGUAAACAUCUGUGCACCUGACAUCUUUGCAUGGAAUGUGACGUUUAUGCUGACGAACUUUUGCCACAUCCUUUUUCUGACGUAUGUCAGCAUCCCAACUCGGAUUCAACCAGAGAUGCUGGAGCUGUACAACAAAGUCUUCACUCCUCUGAAAGUCGAGAAGAUGAAUUUUAAAGAGUUGGUAAACAGCGCGAAGAUCUUGUCCCUGAAGCCAGGAGAACUCUACGCUUUAGAGAGAGUAACUAUAGCUGGCAAACAGCUGUCUAUGCUACUCAGCGGAAAGUUAGUAGCUAUCCAGUUUUUUCAUCAUUAGGUUUACUUCUUGACAUCAAGUCUUCAUCCUCAAUUUUAUUCAUUUACUUCAUCUUUUCAUCAUUUGCUUACUUUUUCAUCUCAUGUUUCACCAUUGUUAUGUCUCUUUUCUUCAUCUUUAGUUUCAUCAUCAUCACAUAUAUUUUUCAGCUCAAAUCCUUAUCAGCAGGUUUAUUCCUCCUGGUGUAGUCUACAUUAUUAAGUUUAUUUCUUCAUCUAAGGUUGAUUUAAUUUCUUACUUUAUCGUCUUAAUUCUUUAACUUUAUUCUGUCAAUGUAACCAAUCCUUUUCUGCUUUAAUAUAUAGUUCUAUAACUACGUUUAUGGACAUGUUCACUUCAUAAUAAUUGUCCAUAAAUAACUGAGCGUGAAAACCAGGUUUAUAGAGAGAACUGGUUUUAAUUUUCAGUCAGUUCACCCUCUCGAAACAGUAAG